GACUGAACUCAUAUGUCGUUUAUGUUUUUCAUGGGAGUAACACAAUGAACUGGAUAAUUAGUGCUACACUAUUCUUAUCAGUGUUAAAUGCUGCAAUUUGUUUCAAUAUUGACCCUGUGGCUUGGAAGACCCUGAGUAACUCUGCUGCUGGUUUUGGCUACCAGGUGGUGCAAAGACAAUCAGAUUUACUCGUCAGUGCUCCACUUGAACAGUAUGCACAAAAUGGAAGAGGGAAUAUAUACAGCUGCAAAACCUCUUCCCAAAACUGCCAAAAUAUACAAUUUCAAGCACCAGAUUUUGCAGUCAACAUGUCGCUUGGUUUGACAAUGAAAAGUGAUCCGACAGCACAAAACACUGUGGUGUGUGGUCCAACCAUUCCGAAGGACUGCAGAAGUAUCACCAUGUACAACGGUGUGUGCUUUCAGAUGGAAAGUUUCAAAAGGAUCAGACCACCCAUACCUUCUUCUUCUCCAGAGUGUAGAACACAAGCAGACAUUGCCUUUCUGUUGGAUGGUUCUGGCAGUGUAGAUAAUACUGAUUUUCAAACAAUGAAGACAUUUGUGAAAGAUCUAAUCGAAUCAUUUCUCUCAAGUGACACACAGUUUUCUGUUUCCCAGUUCUCUACUUCACCUGAGGUUCACUUUUACUUUAAGAAAUUUUCCUCAUCUGGAUCAGUGGAGACUGACAUCAAUGACAUCAGUCAACAGGAGGGAGCUACUUACACAGCCGAGGCCAUCAGACAUGUUGUGAACAAUGUUUUCAAACCACAAAGCGGUUCCAGACAAAAUGUGAAGAAGGUCUUGAUAGUAAUUACUGAUGGACAAUCUCAUGAUCGGAUUGAUCUGGGAGGUGCAGCACAGCUAGCAGAGAGUAAAAACAUUGUUCGAUUUGCUAUUGGGGUGGGGGAUGCAUUUACUAACCCUGAUGCCAAAAGAGAACUGCGCACCAUUGCAUCGUCUCCCUCAAACAAACAUGUGUUUCAAGUGGAGAACUUCAACGCACUUGAAGUAAUAAGACAGAAUCUGCAGGACAAAAUUUUCUCAAUCGAAGGAUCUCAAAGCAGUGGAGAGUCACUGAAAAUGGAAAUGUCUCAAGAGGGAUUCAGUGCAGUUAUUGUGCCUGAGGGAAUUCAGAUGUCUAUUGUUGGUGCAAACCAGUGGAGGGGAGGCUACGUGCAAUACACAACAGGAGGCCAGAAGUUGAAAACAUAUGAGGAUGUGUCUUUGGAGCCUGACAGUUAUCUUGGUUACUCCAUGGCGAUUGCUAAAUCCUGGAGUGGCUCUCUGACAGUUGCUGGUGCUCCAAGAUAUAAACACAGAGGAGUUGUGGUCGCUGUUAACAGAGAAAACUUGAAAAACCAAACGAUUGAGCCCUCAGCAUCACAGUAUCAGACUGGUGAAUAUUUCGGAGCAGAGGUGUGUACCAUGGACAUAAAUAAUGAUGACAUCACUGAUCUAAUCUUCAUAUCAGCCCCAAUGUACAUGGAGCCUGAUAGAGAGGGAAGAGUUUAUGUUUGCAGAUUAACUUGGCUGUUUGUGGAUUGUAACUUUAAUGAUCCAUUAGUACUAAGAGGACAUGCAGCUGUCAAAGGAAGGUUCGGCUCUUCUCUUGCUGUACUGCCUGAUCUAAACUCAGAUGGAUUCAGGGAUUUGGCAGUUGGAGCACCUUUGGAGAAUAAUGGUGAAGGCAGCAUCUACAUAUUCCACAGUGAAGGAGGAGGAAGAAUCAUUCCUACUUACUCACAGAGAAUUACUGGCUCUGAGGUCGAGUCAGGACUGAAGUUCUUUGGCCUGUCAAUCAGUCAGUCAUCUUUUGAUCAGAGUGGUGAUGGACUGCCUGACUUAGCGGUGGGUACAAAGGGCACAGUUGUCUUACUGAGAUCAAGACCUAUAGUAAUGGUGAGAGCUGAGGUAUCGUUUAGCCCAAACAAAAUCCCUACACAGAAUGUAGACUGUUCAAAAUUAUUGGAGAACACAGCUGAAAUCUGCUUUACUAUGAGCAGAGUGUCUACAGUCAACACAGCUCGAGCGAGGAUUGAUUACACUAUAACACUGGAUGCCACUCGCAAGCCUCCAAACAACCGAGCUUACAUCAGUGGGAAACAACGAGAGCAGUCUGGAUCAGUUACUGUUGACUUAGGAAUAAAAAAAUGUUCAACUGUAAAAUUCCUCAUUGAGGCUUGCCCCGAAGACGCUCUCAACCAACUUUCCAAUGAGCUCAAAUUCACGUUUAAUGGUUUGCCCUCAAACACAAACCUCAGACCAAGUCUUGCCCCGCAGGCCCGAACAACAACCAUUCAUCCUUUAGGGUUUGAGAUCAACUGCGGCACUGAUAACAAAUGCGUUGAUAACCUGAAAGUGGAUUUCAACUUCACCAGAUCCUCAGAGGUUAAAGUGGGUAUUGAAGAGCUUUUGAAUGUCACAGUCACAGUGGAGAACAGAGGAGAAAACUCCUACAACAGCCGUGUUAUUCUCACGUACCCAGCUGGACUCUCCUACAGGAAGUUCACGGGUCAGCAGGGACGAAUUGAGUGCAACUCCGUGGACAGUGAAGACGGUUUAUCCCGGGGAUGGACAGACUGCACUAUUGACAAGCCAAUUUUCAAGAGCAAAACUGAGGCUUCCUUAAUUGUCUCCUAUGGGAUUGAAACCAAUAGUCAACUUGAGAGGAAGAUCUUUGUCACUGCAAAUGCCACCAGUGGAAAUCAGGAGCAUGUACCUACAAGUGAACUCUACAAAAAGAAAUCGAUUGAUGUAAAAUACAGCAUUUUUAUGACAUUUGAAAGCUCACUCAGCUAUAACAAUUUCACAUUUGGGAAGAACGAUUUGAAGAAACCAGUUCAACAGUCAGUUAAGGUAACAAAUGAUAUCAGAGCGCUUAAUUUCACUGUGGUGAUCAGGGUUCCAGUGAAGCUUGGUGAAAAAGACAUUUGGGUGGAUUUGAGCAGCCUACAGAUUCCAGAUUGUCAGAAAGGAGAUGACGAAGAACCAAGUGUCAGAGAUUUUGUUACAAAGAUACAAAAGGAUAAAGUGGUGGACUGCUCUGUAGCCAGGUGCAGAGUGUUCAAGUGCAACAUAUUCCUGGAAAGACUGCAGAGUAUGACGUACAAAAUCUCUGCCAACAUUAGUUCACGAUGGAUACAACAGAUUGGACUUCAAUCUGCUAAAUUCCUCUUGACCAGCACAGCCAGUCUGGAGUACGACAAAACCCAGUACAUCUACUUUUCAACAGGGUCUGACAACAAUCCUCCUGUUCGCAAGAUUGAGGCAGAGGUAGAAGUGUACCCUGAGCCAGAUUUCACCAAAGAGAUCGUUGGAGGAUGUCUGGGAGGGUUGGCUAUUCUGGCCUUACUCACAGCUGGCCUGUAUAAGGCUGGAUUUUUCAAGAGCAAAUACAAACAGAUGAUAAAUGAAAAUGCUGCAGAUGGUCCGAGUCCUGGGACUGAUGCAGGCGCAACCCUAGCAGAGUAAAAACGAUCACAUAUGUAGUUGUACAUUUAAUUUAUAUGAAAUCUAUAGACCCUCCGGAUAUUUUUAGGAGUGAACAUGGUAGGUACAAAUGUCCAUUCUACUAUAUUUGAUUGAUCAAACAAAAACAGCUUGCUGUGUCUAAUAUCACUCAUUCAGUUUCCUCACUUGUGGUCAAGACCCUGAAAACAGGGUCACAAUACUAUAUUUUUGGAGGAAUCCUUCUGCUCACCUUUCAAUUUAAAUUACUGCAAACAUUGUACAGUGAAACUAAUUGUCAUGCCAUUAUGUACUGUAAAACUUAUCAAAUUCAAUAGAUAUAGUUAAACACUUUGCUUGCUUUAAAAAACUGAACUUGUGAAAUGUGACUUGCUUUGUUGAGAAAGAAAGGACAGGGUAUGCAGUGUUUUAGCUUUGUGAUGUGACUUUGCAUAAAAAAUAUUUCUCAUACGCCAGUGUUUGUUAUUUGCAAUAUGUAAAAAAAUAUUUUGUUUUUGGUUUCAUAUGAUUAAGUUAUAAUUAGAAAGAUAA